AUGUCUGAAGAGGACGACUCGGUAUAUAUACCGAUUCCACACUAUCCCCCAUUUAAGCUCCGGUCUUCACUUAUAGACAAAGAUCCCGUGAUCUGGGUUCAUCUUCUAGAGGCAUAUAUUCUACUUUUCAAUUUACUCUUGGAUUCCAAUGCAGUGAAACUCAAUGUGAAAUCACAACAGCAGCUUCAGCUAUUUCUCAAAGUUUUCCUAUACGAAACUUCAGAGGAAAAGACCAAGAUAUUCUCUCUCGGAGCUAUAAAUCCUGACAUUCGUGCCAACACGGCUACGCUCCGAUCGUAUGUCUUUCAAUUGAUCAAGAGCUACAGUUUAGUACGGUUUUCUUUGCCUGGUGAGAGUGUAUGGCACUUUGUUUCCAUAUACGUAGAACACAAUGCCACAGUGGUUCGGGGCCUUAUUGAUGGCUCGUUUAAAUCAAAACUCAACGAUAACAAGAAGUCUGGCAACAUCAGUUCGAUUGGACCCCUUCAGAGACAUCUAGAGAGUUUGAUCAGCAAUGGAAAAUUCACAGACACAGACUUGAACAAUCUCUCGCUAAUUUUGGGGCAACAUACGAGCAAUGUAGUUAGUACGACGACAUUUUCACUUUCGGGUGGAUCGAGAACGAAGAACGUUAGUAAAAAACAGUCCAGUUCACUACAGUUUGCCGAGAACUUUGUCAACCAGGAAUGGGUGGAGUUGCUAGAAAAACUUUAUGUGAAUGGCCGCAGUGUUCAUGCCAGUGUAGUAAAACAAGUUAUGAUCGUUUCGUUGAUCUCACUUUCAACUGCAAAGCUCCUGAAAGUGGCUAUGGAUCUUGGAGUCACGGGAAUCAAGACGUUGAAGUUGUAUCCCUUGUUUAGUACAAUCAUAAUUUCUGAUGCUUACAAACAUUUUGUCCCUAAUUUGGAGGAGAGACUCCCAUUUUUGCGAACUAUUAGGUUUGAGAACGACGAUCAUGCAGACGACUUGUCAGCUGUGGACCUUAGUUCAGUCAACGAAGAGAAUAUCUUCAUGCUUAUAGAUCUUUUUCCGGAGUUAACUCAAGAAAAGGCUCGAUUAAUUCUCCACAACAACGACGACAAUGUAGAAAGGGUCACCCACAUGCUCUUGGAAGACCCCAGCAUUAUCCACUCAACAAAUUUGAAGAAGCCAAACAAGCCAAAGAAGAAACCCAUCACCAAAAUUAAUCUCCCCAAGUCUAAAAAACCAUCUGUAGUUGCCAAACGUUCUGUUUAUGACGACGACGAAAUAUCUCGUGGAGACUUCUCAAAAUCUUCUGUUAUUUUCGGCAAAAAGUCUUCUCAGGCGGUAGGUGACCUGUCUGAAGAGCUAAAGAAAAAGACAUUAUCAGCAGCAUUAAGACUCAUGUACGAAAGCGACGAAGACGAACCUGACGAUACCUAUGACGACCAGGAGAAGACUGUUGGCUCUGCACUCGAAGAUAGUUCUAAUAAGAAAAAGGCCGGCAGAGGCAAUUUAGCUGUGUAUGAAGAUGGCAGAGAGUCUUCUCCAGCACCUUCUAAUGGUGCUGUGGAUCCAAAAGAAUUGCACUUAUUCUCGAUUUUCAAGACUAAGGGAGAGGAAGCUUUUGGUAAGGCUGCUAGAAAGUCAUCUGACCGACAGAGUUUGAAGAAGGAAACGUCCUGGUCAGACGAACAAAUCGAGGGCUGGCUCCGCAUGUUGAUGAAAUCGCCCAGACGAUUCAAGAUCUUGGAAGAAAGCUUUUUCUUCGGAGGAUCUCCCAAUAGACCACAGAAAAAGAUUGAAGAAGAAAGCAGAGAAUCAACUCCGGUCGCAGAAUCGUCUCGCCCAGAGUCCAAGACUCCUCAACAAAAUAAGCGUUCUCAGGCUCGCAAUGAAAAGAACAAGGCUUCAAGAGCCAACCAUAAUCGUAAGUCACAGCAGAGUAAGAAAGCCCGAGCCGAACUAGCAGGAAUGCAAUGA